GUGCAGAGGAGUGUUGAACAAAAGAGAUUGUUUUGCUAGUUCCAGAGCAGUGAUGUCUUUCAAGACAGUGCGUUGCUCUUCAGCUACAACUGGAAUAGAAUGUAAGAGAGGAGAUUUCAAGACAUUAAAUCUUGGAAAAAUGGCUUUCAUUUGUUUGGAUAUCAGGUGUCUAUAUAUUUUUCUUCUUUGCACAGCAUUUGGCUAUACUUUGCCUUCAAACAUGGAAAUAAAAGUUAAUCCUCCUCAGGACUUUGAGAUAGUGGAUCCUGGAUAUUUAGGUUAUCUCUAUUUGCAAUGGCAACCUCCCUUGGCUAUGGAUAAUUUUAAGGAAUGCACAAUAGAAUAUGAAUUAAAAUACCGAAACAUUGAUAGUGAAAGUUGGAAGACCAUUGUUACUAAGAAUCUACAUUACAAAGACGGGUUUGAUCUUAACAAGGGUGUUGAAGCAAAGAUACACACGCUUCUCUCAACACAUUGCACAAAUGGAUCAGAAGUUCAGAGUUCAUGGUCAGAAGCUACUUAUUGGAAACCAGAACAAGGAAGUCUGGAAACUAAAAUUCAGGAUAUGGAUUGUGUGUAUUACAACUGGCAAUAUUUACUCUGUUCUUGGAAACCUGGCAUAGAUAUACGCUUUGAUACCAAUUACAACUUGUUCUACUGGUAUGAGGGUUUGGAUAAUGUAUUACAGUGUGUCGAUUACAUCAAGGAAAAUGGAAAAAAUAUUGGAUGCAAGUUUCCAAACUUGGAGUCAUCAGACUAUAAAGAUUUUUUUAUCUGUGUUAAUGGAUCAUCAGAAUCCAAGCCUGUCAGAUCCAACUAUUUCAUUUUUCAGCUUCAAAAUAUAGUUAAACCCCUACCUCCAGACUGUCUUAGUCUUACUGUGAAGAAUUCAUCUGACAUUAACCUGAAAUGGAGCAUACCUAAAGGACCUAUUCCAUCAAGGUGUUUUAUUUAUGAAAUUCUGUUCACAGAAGCUAAUAAUUCCUGGACGACUAAUACAAUUGAAAAUGAAGUGUACAUCACAAGAAUGAUAAAUGAAAGCCAAGAAUUUUGCUUUUCAGUAAGAAGCAAAGUGAACUUUUAUUGCUCAGAUGAUGGGAUUUGGAGUGAGUGGAGUGAUGAACAAUGCUGGGAAGAUUUUCCAUAUGAAGAAAGAAGUUUUUUCUCAUCAAGAGACACUCUGUUGACUUACCAAUUUCCAGCUACAUGGCCAAAUAAAGCCUGAACCCAGAUGACUUCAUUGCUGAAUUUUACUAAAUAUUUCAAGAAGAUUGAAUUCUGAUUUCAUGUUAAUUCUCUACAAAUCUUCCCAAAUGUAGAAAGGGAAGGAAUAUUUCCUAGCCCACUUUAGAAACCUUUGUGCCAAAGCUAGAGGCCCAGUUAUUUUGUAGAAUUCCUCUCAAUUUUGCUUUGUCCAAUAUUUCCUCAUGAUUACUUUCUUUGAUAUGAGGAUCACAAUAGUGGCGCUGUAUUCAGCUCAUUACAUUCCCUCAGGUGGCACAUGAUUUCAGUGUAUCCAUUAUUAAUGAUGUUCAUUUUGAUUACUUGAUGUAAGUGGUUGCCACAAGCUGCUUCACCAUAAUGUUACUCUC